AUGUAUAGGCAUGAAAACCUGCUCGCAGAAAAAAUAUGGAGUGAGCGAUGCAAAAAAAAUUCUGUUCUUCUAAAUGAUUGUAACUGGUGUUGGUGCGACCGGAACCAGCGCUAUCAGUGCAAAGCUCGUGUUUGUGAGGAAAUCGAUAUGUUUGGACAUUUUAAAGAUGCAAUUCGAGACAUUGAUGUUGGUAUGGAAGGACAUGGUUCAUGGCGAUCGACACAAUCACCAUGUACUCCAGGAGUUCAUUACCAGCGAGGAGCUACCUUGUGCAUCUGUGAUGAAGAUGGUAACUGGCCUAAUCCAGUCUGCAGGGAUCUCUUCAGAGUUCUCCACCCCGUCGAAGUUACUGGGCGAACAAAUCUGACUGACGACUAUAAUUGUGAACCAUUAAAGCUAUAUCUGGUGGGUUGCAAUGUAUGCCUUUGUCCUUCUAUAGCUGUUUUAGACCCUGCAUUUUGUACGAAUAAAGAAUGCCCAAAAGAUGAUCCAGUACUUGAAGUGAAAGAGGGUCCUCCAGUUGUGAUGACCCCCAAAAUUGAAAAUAUAACUGAUCUAGAAGUUUACGCUGCGUGCAAUUCAAAUUUCGACUAUGAAAUUGGCUGCAGGAAGUGUCACUGCCUUACAAAUAAUAGGCUACUUUGCUCUAGAUGUUCUGAGGAGCAGCUGCCGUAUACGGAAUUGUUCUAUAAAACGAGUGAAAGAAAAAGAAAAAAGAUAAACAAUAAAAAAAAGGAAAAAAAUGAAAAAAAUAAGGUAGAAUUAAAAUCACAAUGUGACACAAAAGAGGUGAACUCUUUUUUUUUCUUAGAUUGCAAUGUAUGCCAUUGCGAUGAACAGUCUAAUGUGUAUUGUACAACACGAACUUGCAUUAAAGAACCGCGUAAGCAACUUAAAGCUUUAUUUACAGUUGCCAAAAAGCAUAAAUUCAAAGAAGUGAAAAAGCCAGUAGAUAUCAUAAACUGUAUUCCCGGAACUUUUUUCAAACAGGACUGUAACACGUGUACAUGUUAUCAUAGCAAAAAAGGUCGUAAAUUAAUUAAUUGUACCGUCAAGAAAUGUCCAAACUUUAGUCCAAUAGACGCUCAAAAAUUGGAUUGCGUCGUAGGAACGUUUUAUGAAAUGAAUUGUAUGAUUUGUUCUUGCGUCCUUAAAAAUAAAUCAAAACGUCAAGUAUGCGAAAUAUAUCCACAUUGUGUAAAAGGUUCGGGGACUAAAUUUCAGCACUUGAAAGGGACUGAGUUAAAACCAGAAGAUUCUUUACAUGGUUACUGUGAACCAAUGCAUAGAUACAAAAAGGGUUGCAAUACAUGUCGCUGUUUGUCAGAUGGUAAAACCCUCAUGUGUACGUCUAAAGUUUGCGUUAAACGCUCUUCGGAUUCCAUAUCGAUCGAUCUAGUUCCAGUGCAUAUGAAUACGAAUGAAGCUUGUCCUAGAGGACAUUCUUAUAAAUUAGAUUGUAAUAUAUGUUUCUGUCUGUCAAAUGGCAACGCCAUCUGUACGACUGCACAGUGUAAUGAA